AUGGCCGACUCCAGGUGGAACGCGCAGCGCGGCGUGGCCGCAGACGGCACCGCGGACGCCAAGGGUGAGAAGUCGUCCAUGGAGCGGACCGUCGACGGCGAGAACUCGGGGUCGGAAACCAACCACUGGGCCGACGACGGCGUGGCCCCGGCCGGCGAGAUGUACGACGCCUCCGGGCACAGGGGCAAGGAGGGUAUCCUAGACGGGCCCGGCGGCACCACGGCGCCGGUGACGAGCGGCAACAUCUUCAGCGAGGGCGGGCGCGACUACCGCACCAUGGGCAAGUGGGAUGCCACGCUCGUGCUCAUCACCAACCAGAUCGGGCCCGGCAUCCUGGCGCUGCCGGCCGUGGUGCGCGUGCUGGGCAUCGUGCCGGCCACCAUCGCCAUCAUCGGCAUCGGCAUGCUCUCGACCUACACGGCCUACGAGCUGCUGCAGUUCUACCGCCGGCACCCGCACGUCGUCAACCUCGUCGACAUGGCCUACAUUGUCGGCGGGCGCCCGCUCGAGAUCGUCAUGGGCGUCAGCCUGGUCCUGGACCUGAUCCUAACGUGCGGCUCCAUGUCGGUGACGCUGUCGGUGGCAUUCAACACCAUCACCGAGCACGCCAUGUGCACGGCCGGCUUUAUCGGCAUCUCGGCCCUCUUCGUGGCCCGCAUCGGCAUCCCGUCCACCAUCUCCAUCGUGGCCGCCGUCUUCAUCGUCAUCAUCAGCCUCGGCGUGGGGCACCCGCAGAACGCGCCGCCCGAGUGGUCGCGCGUCGACGUCGUCAUGUUCCCCGUCGGCUUCCCCAACUUCCGCGACGGCAUGAACGCCUGCCUCAACUUGGCCUUUGCCUACGCCGGCAACGUCGGCUUCGUCAGCUACAUGGCCGAGAUGAAGGACCCGUCCAGGGACUUUAUGUUUGCCGCCUGGGCCCUGCAGGUCUUCACCAUCCCGCUCUACAUCGUCGCCGGCGUCACCAUCUACGGCCUGGCCGGCGAGCACGUCACCAGCCCCUCGCUCGGCUCCGCGCCCGUCGUGCCCGCAAAGGUGGCCUACGCCGUCGCGCUCCCCUGCGUCUUCGCGUCGGGCUGCGUCUUUGGCCACACGGGCAUCAAGUACAUGUACGUCGUGGCCAUGAAGCGCCUGGGCGCCACGGGCGAGCUGACGGCCCGCACGGCGCGCAGCUGGGCCGUCUGGGUCGGCUGCGCCGUCGUGUUCUGGGUGCUGGCCUACGUGCUGGCCAACGCCAUCCCCAUCUUCGACUCGAUCCUGUCUAUCGCGUCCGCCACCUUCAUCGCCUGGUUCACCUUUGGCUUCGCGGCCGUGCUGUGGUUCAACCUCUUCUGGGGCAGGGACAUGGCCACGGGCUGGCGCAGGAUCUCGCUCACCGUCGUCAACGCGCUCAUCAUCGUCAUGACGCUCUUCAUGAACUCGGUGGGGCUGUGGUCGGCCGCCAUGGGCCUGCAGGAGGUGUUUGACAACCCCGAGAACAACAUCAAUGCCCCGUUUACGUGUGCGGACAACUCCAUUUUCUGA